AUGGGCAAUAACCUCUCCUCCACCUUCGAGCCGGACCUCUCCAAGGUGGUCCUCAGCCCGUCGGACCGCCGCGCAGACAUCAUCCUCGGCGUCACCUGGCUGCUCGUCAUCUACGCCCUCGUCAUGGUCUGGACGACGUGCGCGCUCGUGGACCGCUGGAAGGGCCCGCAGGACAGGAUACGCGUGGGGGCGGGCAGGGUGAUGAUGGCGGUGGUCAUGUCGGCGGCGUGGCCUGCUGUGGUGGU